AUGACGGCCGCCGAAAAUGUGUGUUACACAUUGAUUAACGUCCCAAUGGAUUCAGAACCACCGUCCGAAAUCAGCUUGAAGAACGAUCUAGAAAAGGGAGACGUGAAGUCGAAAACGGAAGCCCUGAAGAAAGUGAUUAUUAUGAUUCUCAAUGGGGAGAAGCUGCCUGGACUUCUUAUGACCAUCAUUCGCUUUGUGCUACCCCUUCAAGAUCACACCAUCAAAAAACUCCUCCUGGUAUUUUGGGAGAUUGUUCCCAAAACAACUCCUGAUGGCAGGCUCUUACAUGAAAUGAUCCUUGUGUGUGAUGCGUAUAGAAAGGACCUUCAGCAUCCUAAUGAAUUCAUCCGAGGGUCCACGCUGCGUUUCCUCUGCAAGCUGAAAGAGGCGGAACUGCUGGAACCUUUAAUGCCGGCCAUCCGGGCCUGCCUGGAGCACCGGCACAGCUACGUGCGCCGAAAUGCCGUCCUGGCCAUCUAUACUAUCUACAGGAAUUUUGAACAUCUCAUACCCGAUGCUCCUGAGCUCAUCCAUGACUUCCUGGUGAAUGAGAAAGAUGCAAGUUGCAAAAGAAAUGCAUUUAUGAUGCUAAUCCAUGCAGAUCAGGAUCGAGCUUUGGAUUACCUUAGCACUUGUAUUGAUCAAGUGCAAACAUUUGGAGACAUUCUGCAGUUGGUUAUUGUGGAACUGAUCUAUAAGGUCUGCCAUGCCAAUCCUUCCGAGAGGGCUCGCUUUAUUCGCUGCAUCUACAACUUGCUGCAGUCGUCCAGUCCCGCGGUCAAAUAUGAAGCCGCCGGAACGUUAGUCACGCUCAGCAGCGCGCCGACAGCCAUCAAGGCUGCUGCUCAGUGUUACAUUGACUUGAUCAUUAAGGAGAGUGACAAUAACGUGAAACUCAUAGUUCUGGAUCGCUUGAUAGAACUGAAGGAUCAUCCGUCCCAUGAGAGAGUGCUCCAGGAUCUGGUUAUGGACAUAUUAAGAGUAUUGACUACCCCGGACUUAGAAGUGCGUAAGAAAACCCUCCAGUUGGCGCUGGAUCUCGUGUCCUCCAGAAACGUUGAAGAGCUGGUGAUCGUUUUGAAGAAGGAAGUGAUUAAGACGAACAACGUGACGGAGCACGAAGACACGGACAAGUACAGGCAGCUGCUCGUGCGCACGCUCCACUCCUGUAGUGUCCGUUUCCCGGAGAUGGCCGCGAAUGUCAUUCCUGUGUUAAUGGAGUUUCUCAGUGACAAUAAUGAAGCAGCAGCUGCUGACGUCUUAGAGUUUGUGCGAGAGGCAAUUCAGCGAUUUGAUAAUCUCCGAUUGCUUAUUGUUGAGAAGAUGCUGGAAGUCUUCCAUGCUAUUAAAUCUGUCAAGAUUUACCGGGGUGCUUUAUGGAUCCUAGGAGAAUACUGUAGCACAAAGGAAGACAUACAGAGUGUGAUGACAGAAGUCCGCAGGUCCCUAGGAGAGGUCCCGAUUGUCGAAUCGGAGAUAAAGAAAGAAGCCGGCGAAUUAAAAGCCGAAGAAGAAGUGAUGGUGGGGCCGGUUCAGAAGCUGGUGACGGAGAUGGGUACUUAUGCCACUCAGAGCGCCCUCAGUAGUUCCAGACCUGCCAAAAAGGAGGAAGACAGGCCUCCCCUCAGAGGAUUUCUGCUCGACGGGGAUUUCUUCGUGGCCGCCUCCCUCGCCACCACGCUGACAAAGAUCGCCUUGCGCUACGUGGCUCUUGUUCAGGAAAAGAAAAAGCAAAACUCCUUCAUUGCCGAGUCCAUGCUGCUGAUGGCCACCAUUCUUCACCUGGGAAAGUCCUCUCUUCCCAAAAAGCCAAUUACCGAUGACGAUGUGGACCGCAUCUCCCUGUGCCUGAAGGUCUUGUCGGAGUGUUCUCCCCUAAUGAAUGACAUCUUCAAUAAAGAAUGCAGACAGUCCCUCUCUCACAUGCUCUCAGCCAAGCUGGAAGAAGAGAAACUGUCUCAGAAGAAAGAAUCGGAAAAGAGGAACGUGACGGUCCAGCCAGACGACCCCAUUUCCUUCAUGCAACUCACGGCAAAAAACGAAACGAGCUGUAAGGAAGAUCAGUUUCAGCUGAGCCUGUUGGCAGCGAUGGGUAAUACACAGAGGAAAGAGGCGGCUGAUCCUUUAGCGUCAAAACUCAACAAGGUCACCCAGUUGACAGGAUUCUCAGAUCCUGUGUAUGCAGAAGCUUACGUUCAUGUCAACCAGUAUGAUAUCGUCCUGGAUGUGCUUGUCGUAAACCAGACCAGUGAUACGUUGCAGAACUGCACACUAGAAUUAGCCACUCUAGGUGAUCUGAAACUUGUGGAAAAGCCAUCUCCUUUGACUCUUGCUCCUCAUGAUUUUGCCAAUAUCAAAGCUAAUGUUAAAGUAGCUUCAACGGAAAAUGGCAUCAUUUUUGGUAAUAUAGUGUACGAUGUGUCCGGAGCUGCAAGUGAUAGAAAUUGUGUUGUUCUCAGUGAUAUCCACAUUGACAUCAUGGAUUACAUCCAGCCCGCUUCUUGCACAGAUGCUGAGUUCCGCCAGAUGUGGGCAGAGUUUGAAUGGGAAAACAAAGUGACUGUUAACACAAAUAUAGUUGACCUAAAUGAAUAUCUUCAGCAUAUACUAAAGUCAACAAACAUGAAGUGUCUCACCCCAGAGAAGGCCCUCUCCGGUUACUGUGGCUUUAUGGCUGCCAAUCUGUAUGCCCGGUCGAUAUUCGGAGAAGACGCCCUUGCAAACGUCAGCAUCGAAAAGCCGAUUCACCUUGGACCAGACGCCCCCGUGACCGGCCACAUCCGAAUUCGAGCAAAGAGUCAAGGAAUGGCGCUUAGCCUCGGGGAUAAAAUCAAUCUGUCUCAGAAGAAAACUAGCGUUUGAAAGUCUAGAAAGGCCUUUACAGUUCUGUUUUACCAUUAAUCUUAGGUAUGUUGCUUGUUGAGUUCUGAACCUUUUUGUAUUCUUCCAUGCUCCGUGUAAUUGUAGGAUCUAAGUUUUUGAGCUGAAUGCAUUCCGGCAGAUAAUUUAAAGACCUUUCCCCAAAUCAAAGUUCAGUUUUAGAAAACCUGUUUAUUUUCCUUUCUGUCUUAGCAGUCACUUAUACCGUGUUUAUCAUAUAUAAUGUUUCUCUGGAGUACUAAAAUGUCUCACAGUACAAUAAACCAGUUGAUUCCUA